AUGAUGCCUGGCCAGCGACUGCAAGGCUGCCGCUCCCUGCACUUCAACGAGGACAACGGCCGCUUCGUUCUGCUCGCCAUCCUCAUCAUACUGUACCUGCUGUGCGGCGCUGCGGUCUUCUCGGCCAUAGAGAGGCCCUCGGAGCUGCGGGCUCACGGCCGCUGGAACGGGACGCUCCUCAACUUCAGUGAGACCUUCAACAUCAGCCUGCAGGACCUCAACUCCUUCCUGCGGGAGUACGAGGCUGCCAUCGCCGCCGGGAUCCGGGCUGAUGCUCUGAGGCCACGAUGGGAUUUUACAGGGGCUUUUUAUUUUGUUGGAACUGUGGUGUCGACUAUAGGUUUUGGGAUGACAACUCCUGUGACAAUUGCAGGCAAGGUGUUCCUGAUCUUUUAUGGGCUUCUGGGCUGUGCUGCCACCAUCCUCUUCUUUAACCUUUUCUUGGAGCGCAUCAUUACACUGUUGGCUGUGGUGAUGAAGGCUGUGAGGGAGCGGAGAAUCAGAAACAGUGGUCUACUCCCACCGGGCAUCCGUCAUGACUUUUCAGCGUACUCCCUCCCAGGCUGGAAGCCCUCUGUGUACCAUGUGAUGCUGAUUCUUGGCCUGUCAGCCAUCACUAUCUCCUGCUGUGCAUCCGCCAUGUACACGCCCGUGGAGGGUUGGGCUUACUUAGACUCGCUUUACUUCUGCUUUGUCACCUUCAGCACCAUCGGCUUUGGGGACUUUGUCAGCAGCCAGAGCGCGGCUUACGAAUACCAAAGCCUCUACAGGGUGGCCAACUUCCUCUUCAUGCUAAUGGGUGUGUGCUGCAUCUACUCGCUCUUUAAUGUCAUCUCUAUUGUCAUCAAGCAGGUGCUCAACUGGAUGCUGGAGAAAAUGAGCUGCUUGUUUUGCCAGCGCUGCAAUAAGGCCAAUGCCUUCCUGGGCAGACGCAAUGCCAUCCGUCCAGGUUCCAAGGGUCGCCAGGGUCGGUUUGGCCAGCCGGCUGACUCAGAUGGACCUUGUGAUAGUGACACUGAGGGACGCAGACUAUCAGGGGAGAUGAUCUCUAUGAAAGACCUGGCAGCCUCUAACAAGGUGUCGCUGGCCAUCAUGCAGAAGCAGCUCUCUGAGUCGGCCAACGGAUAUCCCAGGACAGUCUGUGGUAGCUCACGCCAUAAUGGAUUUUCUGGAGGAGUUGGCGCCCUUGGUAUCAUGAACAACAGGCUGGCAGAGACGAGUAACUCCAGGUAG